AUGGCAAAGAGCGUCCGGGCGAGUGUCACCAAGCGCAAUAGAGCUAAACUCCGAGCCACAGUCUUUGGGCCAGCUGUCGAUGCAAGGACCGAAAGACUUUCUGCGAAGCUGCAAGAGCUAGCUUCUCAACCUCGGCCGAACGAGGAGAAGUCAAGCAUGGAAUUGGAUGAUGCAACCACAAACAACAACAGUGACAAAAAAGCUAGCAACGUAUUGAAUUCCACUGGAGGGCUUGCAAAAUUCGAAGAUGGCGGCAACUACACUGCAACUCCAAAGGCUUUUGACAAGGUCAUUUUCAUGGUUGUCGAUGCUCUAAGGAGUGACUUUGUCUACUCUAAUAAUUCCGGGUUUCUAUUUACCCAAAGCCUGAUUCGAUCAGGAGCUGCACUGCCAUUCACUGCUUAUGCUAGUUCUCCAACUGUUACAAUGCCUCGUCUCAAGGCAAUAACAACUGGCUCAAAACCAUCUUUUCUGGAUGUAAUCCUGAAUAUUGCCGAGUCCGAUACUUCAUCGACUCUAGCAUAUCAAGAUACUUGGUUGGCACAGUUGAAGGCAAACGGAGGCCAGCUUGUCAUGUAUGGUGAUGACACUUGGCUCAAACUCUUUCCCGGGAUGUUCGAAAGAGCAGACGGUACUACGAGUUUCUUUGUGUCGGACUUCAUCGAAGUGGACAAUAAUGUAACUCGUCACGUCUCUACUGAGCUUUCCCGUGACGACUGGUCAGCAUUCAUCAUGCAUUACCUUGGAUUAGAUCACAUUGGGCAUAAAGCCGGUCCUCAGAGCCCUUACAUGACAACAAAGCAACAGGAGAUGGACUCCAUUGUCGCCAAUAUAUAUACCAGCAUGGAGCAGCAACAACAUUUGCAGUCCACUCUUUUUGUCUUAUGUGGUGACCAUGGGAUGAACGAUGCCGGAAAUCAUGGCGGUUCAUCCGUGGGUGAGACAUCGCCCGCAUUGCUCUUCAUUUCUCCUAAGUUUCAAGCCUUGGAUAUCCUCAGACAGUCUCCGACAGACUCGCACAGCGACUUCCAGUAUUACCGAACCGUUGAGCAAACAGACAUAACUCCAACUUUGGCAGGGCUCUUAGGCUUACCGAUACCAUUGAAUAGUCUGGGUGUAUUUAUCCCAGAACUUCUCGACUUGUGGGAAACGAGAUCGCAAAGAAUCGACGUGUUACUCUCAAAUUCCCGACAGAUCUUGAGAAAGAUGAAGGAGACGUUUCCUAGCCACAGUUUUGAUAUCAACUCGAUGAAUAUCGCCUGCGAUACCGGGCCUUUAGCCGGCAUUGAUCUGGCGCUCUGUGCAUGGUUUCGGGUCAAUAUCUUGCUUCGAAACUCCGGCGGAGCCGACAAAAAUGAUCUUCAUUCCGAGCUUGAGUCUGCCCUGUUUGAGUUCUUGAAACAUGCACAGAAGGUAAUUAGUAGCGCAGCUAGCGACUACGAUCUGAGAAAUCUUCUUCUGGGCUUAGCCAUCACUUCUUUCGUUGUCCUGCUUCCUCUCCCUACGAUUUAUACUCUGCUCUGUAGGUCUUGGUGUGCUGGGGCAUUCUUUGCACUGUGUCUCCUGAGCUACGGUGGCAUGAUGUUCGCUAGUAGCUAUGUUGAGGAAGAGCAACAAUUUUGGAAUUGGAUGUUUACUGCAUGGGUAUUUUGCCUACAUGGUUCUGAGGCGCUGGAACCAAACUGGCAUCUCUUAGCCCACCGUCUGUCAAAGCUUUGGCAGCUAUAUUGUGUCGCAAUGGCAUUGAGCGCAUUUUUGUUGAAGCUGUCAUAUGUGGCUUCAGAUUCCCCUGAACUUCUCCCUGAAGCUUUGCUUGUCCUUUGGGAGAGGGGGGUCGAUGGAGGGUCUACUGUCCUCUUUACGCGGCUGGUCGUAGUCGGGAUUCUGUUUCUCGUUCCAUUCUCGAUGUGUAUCAGAAACACCCCGCAACUGCUGGUCCCGAGUACCGUCUUCCAUGACGCCCUCACCCUUUUCUUGGUAACUCAAUCAAGAGCUACGAACAUUCCGAUAUUUCUAAUACUCAGGGCCCAUGCAAGUAUACUUGCUACGAUGAAUCUUUCUGCCCUCGAGCUAGCUAUCACAUCUUUGAUCGCGCAGUAUAUGACCUUCUUCGCAUUUGGAGGUUCGAAUUCAAUAGCCACAGUCGACCUUUCCAAUGCAUAUAAUGGCAUCGGCACCUACAAUGUCGUCUUGGUUGGGAUCUUAACAUUUAUAAGUAAUUGGGCAGGACCAAUAUGGUGGGUAUCAGCUGCUCAGGUUCUCCGGCUAAAUCAGGCUAGGCAUGAUAGAGAGAGUCACAUGGCUGUUCUCACAUUCCACAUGGCAGCCACAUUAAUGUCGGUUAUGGCUGCAUGCACGAUCCUGAGGUCGCAUCUUUUCAUCUGGACGGUCUUCUCUCCCAAGUACCUCUAUGCAAUGGCGUGGGCCAUCCUCAACCACUUGGCCGUUAACUUGCUUGGCGAGGUCUUGCAUCUAAUAUCAUCCAAACUGGCGAACCAUUUAGCAGUGGGGUUGUUAUAG